GAUGAUUAGAAUAGAGAACAAGUUAUGUAAAUCUCAGCAUGGGUAUAAAAAGAACAAAUCUUGUAUCACUGCGAUUAAGGAGUUUACGAAUUUUGUGUAUGAAAGUAUUGAUCAACCGAAAACGAAAGUGGUUGCUAUAAUGUGCGACUUCUCUCAGGCCUUUAAUAGUAUCGAAAAAAAUGUUCUGUUAAGCAAACUUAUGAAUGAUUUCAAAUUGGAACCUUGGUAUAUAUGUAUUGUUAGAGAAAUAUUUAGGAAUCGUGUUUUUAGAUUCAAAAAUGAUAACAAAUACUACGAAAUGUCACGUGGUACCUGCCAGGGUAGUGUCCUUGGGGGACUUUUUUACAGUCUCUACUCCGAUAACUUGUCUUCUAGGGUGUCAUGUAAUAUCUUAAGUUAUGCUGAUGAUGUCAUCUUGUAUGCAAAGGGUACUGAUGCUGAUGUUGUACUCAAUGAUCUUAUUAUGCAGCUUGAGAGUGUGUGCGAAUGGUGUGAUGAGAAUGGUAUCAAGCUUAAUUUCGCCAAAACUAAGUUUAUGAUCUUCCACAAAGAACAUGACAAAACAGGAAUAUCUGAUAAAUUGUGUUUUGAAAUUAGAAAUGAAACAAUUGAGAGGGUUAAUGAGUUUAAGUAUUUAGGAAAUAAUUGACCCACAUUUAAAUUUUAAAAAACAUUUUGACGUGGUAUGUGAAAAGGUUGCAAGUAAAUUAAAAUAUUUGAGAGGUUUUAAGAGAUACAUAAAUGAGCAUGUGCUUAAAGUUGUUAUAAAUGCGUAUGUACAUUCUGUAAUUGACUAUGGAAUUGAGAUCUGGGCAGUUCAAAGUGACGCCAUGUUAAUCGAUUUACAGAGAAAGAUCGAUCGUUUUAUAAUUGAGUUUUUUAUCGCAAAGAGUCCAAGAAAAAAUACAAUGUAACGAAUUCACGUUGUCAUAAUGAGUUUGAUGUUAAUACUCUGAGAAAAUCGUGUAAUUUUAUGACUGUAAUGCAAAGAAGGGGUUAUGUUAUUUUAAAGUGUGCUUAUAAAGAAAUGAUGAGUGGUAAUGUUGUGCUCUCCGGUAGGAGUGAUUUGCGUAAAUGUCCACUCAUGUCACUUGGUAAUUUCUCGUCACAGAUCUUUCGCAAAUCUGUGAAAUAUAGAACGAUUAUGCUAUGGAACAGAGACUGGUCAAUCCCGGAUUAAGGAUUGGGGAUUGAGAUUAGGAUUAAGGAUUAAUUAAUCCCUAAUCCCAAUCCUCAAUCCCAAGUUUUUGAAGUUUAAUCCCUAAUCCCAAUCCAGUUUUCCAUUCCUUAUUUUUUAAUCCCAAACUAGGAUUAAAAUGGGAUUGAAAUGGGAUUAAACCUGCCUAUGUCCGCAAAGUUGAGGAUCUAACUGUCGCUCCACCUGUUGUAAGGUUAUUCAAAGAGCGAAAACUGAACGCAUUUUGAAUCUCUGUCUCAUUAUGUUGAACCAUUAUUUAUCUCAUUAUGUUGAAUCUCUGUAAUUUUUAAUCGGGGAAGGAAAAAAUAAGAAUGGACAUCAAUAAAAAUUUGCCAUUAAUUUUAAGAGGGGUAUUUUUUGAAGUCUGUACAAUUAAAGAUGGUAAAGUCGACGCCAAGUGUAAAGAAUGUGAAAAGAGUGGAAUAGCAAAAAUUGUGCAAGGCUCAAUCAAACCAACAUCCAAUUUUACAUCGCAUUUAAAGGUUCAUGUAGAACAGUACCAUAAUUGUCAGGAACUAAUGAAAAAUCCUCUUAACAAGGUGAAAAAUCAUAACAAGCAGCAAACAACGCUCCCAUACUCAAGAACAGUUAUUCCAGCAAAAUCAACCAAAGCAGAAAAUUUAGUAACUAAUUAUAUUAUUGACGCCAUGUGUCCAUUAUCAACAGUGGAAAACUCAUCAUUUAAGAAUUUAAUCUCAGGAUUAUCUGAUGGGAAUAAAUGCCCAUCGUUAAAAAAGCUCCACCUAUUGAUUACAGAACGAUACAAUAACUACGUUUCUAGCCUUAUCAGAGAUCUGUCGAGGAUUAAGUACUACUGCCUGACAGCAGAUGUAUGGUCAAGCAGACGACGUAGUUUCCUUGGAGUGACAAUUCACUGGCUCGGAGAAAAAUUAGAGCGUCAUUCUUCUGUCUUGGCGUUGCGUCGUUUUAAAGGAACCCAUGACUUCGAAAGAAUAAACGACACGCUGCAACAAAUCAUGAGUGAUUUUGAACUAGUCCGAGAUAAAAUUACUUGCAUAGUGACUGAUAAUGGCUCGAAUUUUGUGAAAGCUUUUAAAGAAUAUGGGAUUGAUUACCAAACGGAGGACGAAAUUAGCGAAUCGGAAGAAGAAAUUGAUUUAUUGGAUAGAGAAGAAUUCGUUUCACAAAUUUUACUUCCAUCCCAUCAACGCUGUGCAAGUCACACAUUAAGCUUAGUGGCCACUACCGACUUGAACAAUGCUAAUAUUGUAACCCCUCGUGGCCAAGUAAACUUCAAGAAGGUGUGCAGCAGUUCUCUUUCAAAAUGUAACACACUUUGGAAUAUCAGCUCUCGAUCUACCAAGGUUGCCGAACAAAUAAAAGAUUUAUGUGGGAAGGCGCUUAUUCGACCAGUGAUUACACGAUGGAACUCUACGUUUGAUUCUAUAAGGACUCUAUUGGAAGUCAGACCACAUUUGUCAAAGAUUUUUGAAAUUGCAGGCGUCACUACUCUGGAACAGAGCUGGAUUUUCUUAGCGAAUAUGUAUAUGCCAUGACUCCAGUCGCUUACUCUCUCGAUAAACUGCAAGGUGAAAGCACAUUUUAUUUUGGAUACAUGGUUCCAGUAAUUCAUCAAGCAAUCAAGAAACUGGACGCUAUUUCAAACGAAAAUAGAUUAUUUGCAUCACCAAUUUCAAAUACGUUGAGUGCAGGAAUAAGAACCAGAUUUAGAUCAAUAUGUGAAUUAAAUUUGGCCGAAGUUCGCGACGCUGUUCUGGCAACGAUUUCUCUCCCGUUUUUUAAAUUGAGAUGGAUUUAAGCUGACAAACAAGAGGAUCUCAAGAAUGCCUUCAUCUCUGCUGCGAAGUUAUUAGCGUCUGAGAUGGCUGAUAGUGAAAUAAUUACAGAAACAUCAGAAUCAACAUCAAUAUUGGAUAAUUUUUUCGAAUUUGACGAUCUUCCAUCAGAUAAUUUGCAAGAGACAACUAACAAGAUUGAGCUGGAAUGCAUAAAUUAUUUGCAUGACCCUUCAACCGAAAUUAGCAGUUUAGAAUCAUAUCCAACGGUUAAGAAACUAUUCGUAAAGUAUAACACUUCAUUAGCAUCUUCUGCACCAGUAGAACGAGCAUUUAGUUAUGGUGGAAUGAUUUUUUUACCUAAGCGAUCUAAUCUUACGGAUGAAAUGUUUAACAUGUUGGUUGUUCUUAAGGUCAAAUACUAAUUGAAUAAAUUAAUUUCAAGAUUAGUUAUUUGAAUAAUUUAAUUAACGAAGGUGACGCAAUUUAAUGCCAGCAUUUUCAGUAAUGCGCCAAUUAAUCAGGGACUAAAUUAAUUCGAAUUCCUAAUGCGAAAAAAGAUGACGAGAUAUUUAAUCCAGGCUUAAUCCUAAUCCCGCAUUGAAUUUAAUCCUUAAUCCCAAUCCUCAAUCCCAAGAUUUUUAAAAUUAAUCCUCAAUCCCAAUCCUUAAUCCCAAAAUUUAAGAAUUAAUCCUUAAUUUUAAUCCUCAAUCCCGAUAUCAUUAAUCCGCCAGUCUCUGCUAUGGAAUAAGCUCCCGAGAGAUUUUGAUAUAAAGAGUAUGUCAUAUAAUAAAUUUAAAGUUGCCAUACAUGAGAAAAUUUUUGAAGAUUAAUGUAUUUUACUAUAAAUGACUCGUUGUUGGUUAGUAGCUAUAGUUGUUUAGAGUAUAUAACUAGUUUGUUAAAUUGUCUAUCUUUUGUGUCACUUGUGGAAGAGCAUGGUAUUAACUGUGAACUUGUUAGACACCUGAAUAAAGCAUCAAUCAAUCAAUCAAUCUCGAGUCAAAGUUUUAUCAGUCCAAUUUCAGUAUAUAAAGAAAUACAAUAGGCACAUUUUACCCCAACGAAACAAAGGGUUACGACUUUCUCAAGCGGUAUUCGGAUCUCCCCAAAUCACAGAUGCUUUGUUUGCUUUGUUCAGCCCGCUUGGAAACCAUCAAUAAAUUUCAAACUGUGAAUUGAAUGUAGAAACUGACUAAAACAGAGUCUCGAGUUGAGUAAGGAGUGUUGGAUUUCGAAUUACAUAAAUAAUUAACGGAGCUGAAGAACUAUUUAAGGUGCGUAAUAUCCUUAACCUUUAGGAAAUAUAGCAACCCAAAUUUACUUGGAAGCAAGUCAAAACAAUUACUCGCAAGAUGGACGUAGUAGAAUCUUUUAACGACAUGAACAUUGAUGAAGAUAGCUGUUCCGGUUCCGAUGAUGAUGUCCCCGAUUUAGAACCUUCAAAUUCAAGUCCAUGGACAAACAAGAAUUUCCUUUUCGCCUUGGUCGACCAUGAUAUCAGCUCUAAACCUGUUGAUUAUUAUACCACCAAUUCAUAUAUUACCCCAACGCUCUGCGGAAAUAGUAACGGGGACAUGAAAUUUGACGAGAAAAAUCGUGUCACCAUUUCCACCAUGUUCAGUAAUCAGGAGAAAGUUAUCAACGACAAGUUCUUUCUCUGUCGCACCAUCACUCCAUCAUUCAAAAUGACAAGAAUGAUGUCAAUUGUUGAGGAUCCAGAAGGUGAAGACGCUGUUCGACUCGCCAUUUACAAUUACUCGAAAAUAUCAGGUGGUGACUAUUUGAAGUACGCCUUUCCCGUGGGAACAAUCUUAGCUGUAAGAAACCCAAGCUUAAAGAACAGCUUGGACGGGUGUCUCGCCCUCUGCUACGACGACCCUAACGACGUUGUCAUCAUUUCUGAGGAAACUUUUGCCACCACGUUUCCAAAUAUUGUCUGGAAUGGGGAGAUCCCGGAGAAAUAUCUACCCAAGAAGAAUCCGAACGCAGAUAAGGUCACAAAAGCCAAAAACUCUGGAAACAAGGCAUUCGUCGAGAAGAAAUACUUGGAUGCGAUUCGCUUUUAUACGGAAGGAUUGGAAGAUUGCAGAGACAUUGGUAUCCAAGUCCAAAUCUUGUCCAACCGAAGUGCCGCCUUUCUCCAACUCGGUUGCUACUAUGUAGCGCUUGUCGAUGCUACUGAUGUCCUCAAGUAUGAUCCCAAUAAUGUCAAAGGAAUCUAUCGACGUGUGCGGGCUCUCUGGGGAAUUGGCCGGUAUGGAGAAGCUUUGAACUUUGUAAACGGAAAACUCAUGUCGAUUCCAUCUCUCCAAAUGGACAAAGUUUUAAUUGAUUUGAGAAAAAUGGGAGAAGAAUUCAACACCCAAAGCAGAACGGGGAUAUAUGACAUGGAAACCAUUAUCAUGAAGAGUGAUCCAAACCCUGACCUCGCAGAAUUUAUGGGAGCCUUGAAAAUCACUCAGAUUCCGGGAAAGGGUCGCGGCCUUGUGGCAAAGAAAGCUUUCUCAGCUGGAGAGCUUCUAAUGUGUUGCAAAGCAUUCGCACACCACAAGCGGGUUCACCCCACGAGUGUCUUGAGUAUCAUGUCGGACAAUAGUUUCGAAUUAGUGAGCCAGAUUGCGCAGAAAAUUUCACUCGAUGUCGAACUGCGAUCCGAAUUUUAUGAACAUUUCCCCAGAGCAGAAUCAAGCAAGAAGACUGGCGCGAAUGAAGAUGCCGAUGAGAUUUCUCGUCUCCAAGAGAUUGUGGGGAUCAACAGCUUCUCUAACCGAGAAAACAGCGGGCUAUGGGUCCUCCCCUCGUACUUUAACCACUCCUGUAUCGGCAACGCAAUGUGGCGGAUUUACGGAGACAUGAUGUUCGUUCGUGCCCUCAAGUCGAUCUCGCAGGGAGAGGAGGUCCUUGUUGCAUAUGUGAAUCCGGAAACUGAUUUGGAACAGAGGAAGGCUGUUUUCAAAAGGCAUAAAUUUACUUGCUCCUGCCUUUUGUGUGAGAUUCAAGGUUGUGAAGAGGUAGAUGGAACCAAGGAACGUCGAAUGCGAAUCAUGGAGUCUAUCAAACGUGCAGCAGAUGGAAACUUAUCUGGAAAGAUGGUAAAGAAGAUUUUCAAACUUAUUUCAGAUUUGGAAUCUAUUCAAGAAGCGUGUCCAAGGUUGAACGUUUUCUUCACUGACGCUAUAUUUUUAAAAUUAUCUAACAAAUUCUACCAACUAAAAAUGUAUCGGGAGUGCAUGGACAUUAUGGAAAAGAUUCACUUCGUCACGGAAAAUUCUCCCAUGGCGUUGUAUGCUGUGGAAGCAUCCAUCAAUAUUUUGAAGGCUUGCUUGUUGCGACAACCAUGCGAUCGGUCGCUGAUUAAGAAAUGGGUUAAAAUUUUGAAACAAGAUUUAUUUGUUGCAUACGGUUGUUUGGGGCGGAUGAGAGGAUCAGAAAUGUUGACGAGUCUGAACUUCUUAGGAAUUGAUUUUUUUGAAGGGUGAAUUUCGUUCGGAAAGCGAAGUUGCUGAUUGACCCGAUAAUUACUUUCAUGGAUGAUUUAUAACCUUAUGUACUUAAUACAGGAUGAUUUUUUCCUAUUAUGAAAUAUAUUUUAUAACCUGCACUAUUAAUUUUUAGUAAUACUAAAUACUUCUUCAUUAAUUUUUUUCGUAAAACAAAUUUGUAGUAUGAUUCAUUGAUUGUUCAAAAUUAAGAAGUGCAGUAAUGUGGUGCACAAUGAAACACCAGUAAUGAUUGCUAUUUUUAAUAUGUAUGUAUAUAUUUUUACCUUAUUUAAUUAAUCAAUUCUCCAGUGGAAUAUGUACGUACAUAUCUAUUUCCUAAAUAAAGUUUUAAUCCCACACAGGUGCAGUUA